AUGUUUCCUAAACUUAUAUUAGUUUCAGCCGCUUUUGUGGCGUGCAAUGCAAUGCAUUCAUUCGGCCCGCUUUCUUCAAAGCAUGGAAGCUUCAACGUGUAUUAUCUGUAUACCAGAUCAAGCCUUAACCCCGAAGUGUUCAAUAGUUCGCUAGCAUCUAUUCAAGAAACUUCCAUGAUCGUGAGUCGCAACACUACAAUCAUUGUUCACGGGCACGGCGGAACAGGAUUCAAUACUUUGAAUCCCACAGUUAAAGACGCUCUGCUCCGAGUUGAAGAUGCAGAUGUCAUAAUUGUUGAUUGGUCUCAAUAUUCAUUGCAAAGUUACUCUAACGCCGUCAACGCCGUCCCAAGUGUUGGAACUUACCUAGGAUUGCUGAUCAAUCAGCUUGUGGAAGCUGGAGUGGCUACACUCGACACCAUUCAUAUAGUAGGCUUCGGUCUCGGAGCCCACGUUGCUGGCUAUGCAGGCAGAGGAGUCAACGGGCAUGUUGCUAGAAUUACGGGACUUGAUCCAUCUGGAAACCAAUGGGGGACAAAUUCGAAUAGACUCAGAAGUAGUGACGCCAAAUACGUAGAAGUGAUCCACACGGACGGUUUCGGGCUUGGGGCAAAUGGAAUUGGGACAAAUUUGGGACAUACCGACAUCUAUGCUAAUGGUGGGGAAGGUCAGCCAGGCUGUUUAUUCUCAAGCGCUUGCAGCCACCAGCGUGCUUGGGAACUCUUCGCCGCUUCUCUAACCAAUAACCAUUUGAAUGCUCACUUCUGCAAUAGCUUUACUGAAAUGAGGUUUAACAGAUGUCGUGGUUUUCUUAUACCGAUAGGUACCAAUGCGAUGGUUAAAUUCGGAUCUGGAGUUUUCCGCAUUAACACCGGGAGAAGAUAUCCUUAUUAG